AUGGAAAGCACCUUCAUAAAGAUGUUAAGUGAUUGUGAAGUGAAAGGUGAAGGUCAUGAACCAGCUUUAGAAACUGUCUCCCUGGCUGGAAGUGCAGAUACACCAGAGGACAUCAAACAUGUCUUGGCUGAGAAGAAUCAGCUUCAGAGUGAGCUGCAGCACUGCCUUCAGGAGAUGCACCAGAAGGAUCUGCAUUUCCAGCAGAUUAAUUCAAAGGCUGUGCAGUCAGUAGAAGAGAAUGCUGUCCUCUCAGCCCAGCUGAAGACUCUCUCCCAGACUCUGAGGGAUAACCAGCUCCGUUACACAGACCUGCAAAAUCGUUAUCUGAGACUGGAGAGGGAAUACCAGACAGCACAAGUGGCAUCUUUCCAGGGUGCUGCUGAGGGUGGAACUAGAGCAGAAGUUCCCCCUGGAGCACCACAGGAAAGAUCUGCAAAGCUGCAGAAGAAGCUCUUGGGCUCUCUGAGGAGCGAAGACUUCCAAAGAGGAGAUAAUUCUGUAUUCCACUGUCACCCUUUGGUUUUCCCUAGAUUUGAAGCAAGCAGUUACAGGUCUGUCCCUAGUGACUACACUGUUCAGAUGGAAGCUGAGGAGGAGAGAGAGGCCUUAAUCAUUGAUCCUAGUGAGCACGUAGUAGUGCGAAAGCCAUGGUGUCACCCAAGUGCAGAGAUAAGUCAGCUGUUUUCAGUCUCUGUGCCACAGGAACGAAUGCCAGGGAAAUGUGCAGAUGUUGCUGAUCACUGGAAGGAUCAGUGUUGUGCAAUGAAACCUUUAGCUGAAACCUGGAAGUUCAACACUAAAAAAGUGUUUGCUGUAUGGACAUCAGGCCUUAUGCAGAAAUGA